AUGAGAUCGGUAACACGUACGUCUGGUGGCCAUUCUCAUCGUGUACUGAUAAUUGUACUGUCCUCAACUCGAACAGAUUUUUUAGGCAUGACGGGAAAGCGAACAUUAUUUAGUAUUCAAUGUCAUACGGGAAAAGUGAUUCAAGGUCAUUCUCAUUAUCCAAAGGAAAAAGAAAUACUUCUUCGGCCGGCCACUUCGUUGCAAGUCAUCGGCAAAUUAAACAUUUCCGUAGAUGUAUGGAUGAUCGAUUUAAUAGAAGUCACACCGCCUUUUCCUUUUCUUCAAGCGGCGUCAAUACUGAUUGAGACAAAACCAUUGGAUGCUGCGCUUCUGAAAUCAAUUGAUGUCAAGUUACCGACAACUUCUCUUAAUCCGAUCUACGAGAAGACAUUUAUUGCACCUCUGUCAGGCACCGGAUUAGCGCUAUCGACUUCAUCCAAGAAUACAACAUCAGUUGCACCUUCAGACGACGUUAACAUGAAGUUAACGGUUACUCACAGUUCGAUAAGCACUAAGAUACCUGUUGUAUCUCCAAAAGAGGCCGAGAUGAAGUUACUAGAUUCUUCUAAUUCGAUCAAGAGUAAGACACUAGUCAUUCCCCUAUUCAAGCCAAAGCCUCCCUACCCAGCAGAAGCGACUAACGGGAUCACACAAUCGAUCAAUGACGAUGAUCAACCAAUCAGUUUUGCCGGACAACAUCUAACCGAUAAGGACAUGGCUUUGGUAGCUAAACAUGUCAUCGAGAAGAGGACAGGUCGAUGGCUUGACCUUGAAGACGGUUCUAUUACUAGUGACGGGAUAAAAUGCAUAGCCAAAGCUCUGGGAACGGACACUCGCAUUACUCAACUUCAUUUACAUGAAAAUCGCCUUGGCGACGAGGGUGCUCGUAUUCUUUGUGACGCAUUGAGUUCGAAUCGAACAAUCACCGUAUUGGGUCUUUCAUCGAACACGUUGUCUGAUGCUGCUUGUUUUCACAUUGGUAAUUUUCUUAGAGUUAGUUGUACAUUGAUUAGCCUCAUGUUGGGUCAAAAUCGAAUUGGCGAUCGAGGUAUACGUCUGUUGGUUGAUGGACUAAUGAAGAACACAAGUUUAAGCAGACUUUAUUUGAACAAUACACUCUUGAGUGAUGCCAGCAUUGACACACUCCUUCGACUCAUCAAAUCCACCAGUGCACCUCUGGUAAAAAUCGAUCUUAUCGGGACUCAUUUGUCGCAUAGUGGUAGAGAGAGACUCAAAACGGAGACUGCCAAAAUCAAUAACCAAAUUGAACUGAUAUUCAAUACUAAAUAA